AUGGCACUUUAUGCAUUUCAACUUCUGGCGUGCCUAGCGAGUCGCAAGACUUACAUCCCGCAAUCCAUAGGAGGCUGUUGGCAAGGCUGUUCGAGCUUUGAUGUAAAGAGUCAGAACGAAAAAUGUCCAAAGACUUUUGAUACAAACUAUGUUGUAUCGCGUGUUUCGAAUCCGAGGACUAAAUACAUAAGUGUAUCUAAACCAGGUAAAUGCCGCGUUCCACUCGUCGAGGGUCUAAAGCUUAAAGACAAGGAAGCAUGCCGUCCAGUAGACCAAAGUGAAUUCAGUCGAGAAGAAACAAAUAUCCUGCCAGGUAAUGAAGCAGUUCACGUCGCCUCAUGGCGCUUCCUGGAGAUCUUCCUCGUCUCAGGUACCAUCAGGAAGGCAUAUCACGAUAAGUUUCCCUUUCCCAACAGUUCCAGGAUGAAUAACGGGAUAAACAACUCAAUUCAGAAUGCAAAAUGGCGUGAUAAUGCCGCAUUAGGAUGUAUGCCCAUGUACAAGAGAGUCUGA